AUGCUGUGGGGCAGUUCGUUGGGCAGGAAGCCUCGAAGCUCCUGGUCAAGAACAUGUUCUGCAACAGUGAGGUCAUCAAGACGGUCAAGGUGGCUGCCGAGCCACUCACUGCUUUCGCCCUGCUUUACUGGAGGAACAGGGAAGUACCGCAUUGCCUCAUUCAACAAACAUCUGCUUUGCUUGUCCGACUGGCAUCAAAGAAUGCACUGUCCACUCUCAACGUCUCUCCACUUGUCCAACCGUGGUGUGCCGGAGCGGCCCUUCCGCCAGAGGAGGGGUCGGAUUGCGCAUGUCCAGGCAAGAUCACCUCAACGACCUUCUUUCAGAAUCUGCUUUCUAGCUGCAGCAGUUGGACGACGCUGCACAACUCGCUUUGCCAGUGGUCAAAAGGACGACCAAGCAGAGCUCGUUUCUGAAGCUCCGUCUCGCUCCCUCCGGGAAAGCGAUAAUCCGGUCGAGUCCGGGGCCGCCGAGCUGCUUCUGAGCAUUCUGCGCUUCUACCGGCAGUACAUCUCGCCAUCGCUUCCACCAAACUGUCGCUAUGUUCCAAGCUGCUCCAGGUAUGGUAUAGAGGUCGUGAAGAGGUACGGCGCGUUGAAGGGCCUUAUCCUCUUUGUCUGGCGAUUGCUUCGCUGCACGCCUCUGUUUCCCGUGGAUCGCGACCGAAUCGUCUGGGCCUACGACAGGUUCUGCAUGUCCGACGAGCCAGAGGAAUGGCACGACAAACUGUUUGGCAAGUCGACCACAUCAGACAGUUCAGCACUUGAAGGGCCCGAAGGACACCAUGAGCCAGCAGAAGACAGCGAAGACCGCGAUGCUGAAGCAAAAGGUUCCAUGGGUGAGGUUCCAGUUCUCGUCAUCCACGGUGACCGGGACAUGCUCGUGGACUGUUCGCAAGGCAGGCAGCUUCUGGAGCUUUGUCCCAGUAAAACGAAGCGCUUCGUCAGUCCUCCAGGAAUGGGUCACAACGACGACUUGCUGGCCAAUGUCGACCUGCUGUGGAGGCCUAUGAUGGAGUUCUUUGCGUUGCCGGACUAUGAUUUUCGACAGCUGCGUCUGCCUGAAGAGGCGCUGCGACCACCCAUGACCGCAUGUUGGCCAGAGCCUGCCGCGUCGUUUCUGUUUGUGGAUUGUCGCAGCACCCUGCUCGCCUUCCUCCCCGAUCCUUUGGACUGGCGGGCGCUCCAAUGCGCCUGCCGCUGGCGAACCGGACUGGAGGAUCUGCUGGCCAAGGUGCACCUUGAUCCACGACUACGGUCAGCCGUCGGCAGGUGCAUCUGCACGCUGCGCAGGCUGCCUCGAGAGGAUCUCUUAGGCGACCGUGUCCAGUCUGCGGAGCUCAGCGUGGAAAGCGAGCGCUUCUUUGUGACGCUGCUGGGCGCGCGGCCCAAGGGCGUGCAGGGAAAAGCUCUCGACUUGAGCUUCUGGCAUUCGCAAUUGAUUCCGAAACAAGGUAGAAGUCUGGGUCUUUGGCUGCAGAGCUCUAAACUCGAGCACCUGUCCUUAGCCGACUGUGAUGGCCUCCUGCAGGGCGACGGCCUCUACAACGUACUCUGCGGCCUGGGAAGUGCACAGCUCCAGCUCAGGCAUCUUAACCUGUGCGCGGCAGAGCUCUCGCCAGCCAACUCUUCAGCUCUCGUGGACAUCAUGACACGAUGCCCGCUGCAGACUUUGAACCUGGCUUUCAACAUCCGGCUGAUGACGCCGGCAGGGCUGGAAGGCCUUGUAAGAGCAGCGGACAAGAAGGUGUUUGCUCUGCAGAGACUUGUGUUGAAGCAUUGCGACAUUGCUGCCAAAGUUGCGGCAAAGCUGGCCUGCUGGCUGAGCCACAUGCCGGACUUGCAAGAGCUGCUCCUGGACUGGAAUGUGGCAAUGUACACUUCCCUUGGGCUGCGCGGCCUGGUCCAGGGAAUGAGUUGCAUGCGCAAUGCAGAAGCUUCGGGCACUUUUUCUACGCUGCGCAUGUUGCAGCUGACCGGCUGUCAGCUGGGCUCUGGAGCCGAGGCAGCACUCAGAGACUUUCUUCGGCGCUGUCCUGCGCUACGGCAGCUGGAAGUUUCGCAGUGUCGUACCUCCCAGCGCAUUUGGGCGGAGCUCGGCCAUUGUGGAGGGAAAGGCCAUCAAAACUGCGGCAAGAAGCCUGGCUUUCUACAGGCUAUGAGGCAAUCAGCGGUGAGAGAGUGUCUACGGUGUCUGCUUCCUGGACCGCUGGAUUGGCGAGCGAUGCAGAUUGCAUGCCGAUGGGGAGACGGAACCUCAAAUGGGCCCCUGUCCGAGGUUCACCGACGGCCGCGCCUGCGGUCAACAGCCGUUAAAAUGGCCCGGCGCCUGCGGGGCUUAGGCGACCUCCUCGGAGCCGCAGCCCUGAAACAUUCAGCAGAGGAGCUUCGGUUUGCAGUAGAGAUCCUGGGCGCCAGACCACGGCAAGCUCCGCGUGUUCGACUUCCCGAGAUCCAAGCGUUGGACCUGAGCCACGAGCAUUUGCUCACAGGUGGCCAGAUGCUCGCACCCCUGCAGGGACGAGCACUUGGAAUCUUCCUUCGGCAUUGCCCGCAGCUCCAAGAGCUUUGCUUGCUGGGACACGCUCAGAUCUGCACAGCUGCGGGCUUGGAAGGCUUGAUGAAAGGGCUCGGAGAAGCUCGCCUUCCACUCAGGUCGCUGCACUUUGGAGGCUGCGGAGUUACUGAACACGCGGCUCCCCAUCUUGGACGGUUUCUACGUCAGUGUCCGGAGCUGGCUUCUCUGAGCCUUGCCGGUAGCUGGCAGCUUUGCACGGCGACCGGUCUCCGUGUCCUCACCGAGAUUUGGGAAGUGGAAGGCGAUGCUCGGCAGCUCGAAGAGCUGAACCUCACGAACUGCCGCCUCGGCGCUUCUUCCGCGGAAGCUCUGGGAGAGCUGCUCAGGAGGUGCUGCUUUCUCACCAAGCUGGUGCUGUCGGGAAACCAGGACUUGUUCGACGCUUCUGCGCUUGCCUACCUGCUGAAGGGCUUGGCGGAUGGAGGCUUUCCAAGACUGCGGGAGAUCACAACUGGGUCUCAGCUCCUCGAGGAAGAGGCCUUCCAGAAGGAGUUCAGCUGCUUCUUGCGCCGCUGCUCGCUGCUUCGUGCUAGAAGCAAAAAAGAUGCCUUCGACAAGCGCCUUUGUCCUCUUUAUCAUGGAGUGGUGGAGAUGACCAAGCACGAUCGGCCUCUCCCCGCUUCAAUGGGCGAUGAAGCUCAGGAAGUCUGGGGCUCUGAUGUGCCGAGGCCAGCUGAGGGACUCAGUCCCCGUCGAGGGCCCAAGUUCUGCGACGACAGAUGCAGACAUGUGGUUGGUGACCUCCAGCCACCGGAAGCUGAUGGCGAGGGAUUCAUCAGGCACUCUGGUGACUCUGCAGGAGCGGAGCCGGACCUGAAUGUGGGAAUCACCAGAUACUUGGGGCUACCCGAGUCAAGCGGCUUCAGUGCGAAAGUUGUGAGCACGAGCGGUAGCGGCGGAACUUCCCAAGUCCCAAGUGUGCCUCUCGGUAGUGGUAGAGAAAUCUCAGAAAUGAGCUGCUCAAAGCCAGUGGCCGCCGGCUAG